AUGGAUCAGGCUUUAGGUGACUACAACAAUGCUGGUAACCAGCGUAGUAGAUCCAGAUCUCCUUCUCGUCGCCGUAUGAGUUUUGAUUAUAGCGACGCCCAAGGUAGUUUUGGAGGUAGACCAAGACGUGCAAGAAGAGGUGGUAGAAGAGGCCGUGGUGGUCGUGGAGGUUUUGAAUAUGGUUCAAGUCGUGAUUCAUUCAGAGAUAUGCCACCAAGACGUGAAAUGGUACCGGAGAGAAACUAUGAUAAUAGUAUUUUUAUCGGUAAUCUAUCAUUUGAUUCUACUGAAGAUGAUUUAAGAGAUUUCUUCCAACCAGUUGGUGAAAUUGUUAGUACUGAGAUUAUUAGAAGAAGAGGACGUCAUAAAGGUAUGGGUACAGUAGAGUUUACAAAUACAGCUGCAGUAGAUGAUGCAAUUAAUAGAUUCAAUAACGUUAAUUUCAUGGGUCGUGAUUUGUUCAUUAAACAGGAUCAACCUCCACCAAACAAACGUGCAGCACCUUUAAGUAUUCAUGAAAGAAUUCAACCUAAUGAUGCAUAUGGUGCGAAUAAUAAUUAUGAUCCAUAUUAUGACAACCAAGAUUAUGGAUUCGCACCCCCUCCACGCAAACAAGUGCAACCUCCACAAGAACGUUCACCAGCGUUCGAAGUUUUCAUUAUUAAUUUACCAUAUUCUUUCUCAUGGCAAGAUUUGAAGGAUCUGUUUAGAGAAUGUGGUAACGUGCUAAGAGCAGAUAUUGAUUUGGAUUAUAAUGGAUACUCAAAAGGUUUUGGUAAUGUAUUUUAUGGAAGUGAAGAAGAAAUGUUUAGAGCAAUUGAUACCUUUAACGGUUAUAAUUUACAAGGUAGAAUCCUUGAAGUAAGAGAAGGUCGUUCAAACCGUCAAUUUAGACAACCCCGUCGUGAAUCUUACCAUGAAACAAAUGACAGACUAGCCUAUGCGGAACGAAUUCCACCAGAAAAUAUCAACGAUAAUGGACUACCUUUAGAGCAACCACCAUCUACUUUCACAGAAGGUGUCAUAGGUAAUGGUGAAAGAAACAGUUUAGUAUAUUGUACAGGUCUGCCACUUUCAACAUCUGCCAAUGACUUGUAUGAAUUGUUUGAAAGUUUGGGUAGGGUACACCAUGCUGAAUUGUCUUACGAUUCUACUGGUGCACCAACUGGUGCUGCAGUAGUUGACUAUGAAGAUAUUAGUUCUGCGGACUUAUGUGUCAGUAAACUAAAUAACUAUAACUAUGGUGGUCAAGACUUAUCUGUGUCAUUCGCACAGCGUACAAAUUAA